UCAUGAUGCCUGCUUACCUUUUCUUCUCUCUCUCUCUCUCUCUCUCUCUAUCCGUAACUUUUCAACCUAAAACUCCAUUAAACUCCAAGAUAGAGAGACCGCUUCUCUAAACCCUAGUUGUCUGAUCCUUGAUUUCUGAUCCUUGGAUUCGGCUGUUCGCUCAAGGGUGGUUGAUUUUGAGAGCUUUUCGUUGAUGGAGCCUCGUGUCGGUAAUAAGUUCCGGCUCGGUCGGAAGAUCGGUAGCGGCUCAUUCGGAGAGAUCUAUCUAGGUACCAAUAUUCAGACAAGCGAAGAAGUUGCUAUCAAGCUUGAAAAUGUUAAGACAAAGCAUCCUCAGUUGCUGUAUGAAUCCAAGUUGUAUAAAAUUUUAACGGGAGGAACUGGAAUUCCAAAUGUGAGAUGGUUUGGAGUUGAAGGAGACUAUAAUGUUCUUGUGAUGGAUUUACUGGGGCCUAGUCUGGAAGACUUAUUUAACUUCUGUAGUAGGAAGCUGUCGUUAAAGACUGUUCUUAUGCUUGCAGAUCAGAUGAUCAAUCGGGUUGAAUUUGUUCAUUCCAAGUCAUUCCUGCAUCGAGAUAUUAAGCCAGACAAUUUCCUUAUGGGUUUAGGGAGGCGAGCAAAUCAGGUUUACGUAAUUGACUUUGGUCUGGCGAAGAAGUACAGAGACUCCUCAACCCAUCAACACAUUCCUUAUAGAGAAAAUAAGAAUUUGACGGGUACGGCAAGAUAUGCAAGCAUGAAUACUCACCUUGGCAUUGAACAAAGCCGGAGGGAUGAUUUAGAAUCACUUGGAUAUGUUCUUAUGUACUUCUUAAGAGGAAGUCUCCCUUGGCAAGGUCUAAAAGCAGGAAAUAAGAAACAAAAGUAUGAGAAGAUCAGUGAAAAGAAAGUUUCUACCUCAAUUGAGGCCUUGUGUCGGGGUUAUCCCACAGAAUUUGCAUCAUACUUCCAUUAUUGUCGAUCGCUGAGGUUUGACGACAAACCAGAUUAUGCUUAUCUGAAGAGAAUCUUUCGAGAUCUUUUUAUUCGGGAAGGCUUUCAGUUUGAUUAUGUAUUCGAUUGGACUAUUUUGAAAUAUCAGCAAUCACAGCUUGCCAAUCCACCCUCUCGUGCUCUUGCUGCUGGAACAAGUUCUGGGAUGCCGCCUGCAGUUGCCAACAUUGAUAGACAAGCAGGAGGUGAAGAUGGUAGGGUUAUUGGUUGGUCUUCAGCAAAUCUCUCUCGUAGUAGAAACACCGGACUACCUGUAAAUGCGGGAAGCUUGUCUAAACAAAAAAGUCCGGUUCCAAAUGAGUCAUCAUCAACCAAAGACCCUAUGUUAUCUGGCUCUAAUUUUUUGCGAUCAAGUGGAUCUACAAGGCGACCUGCAGUCUCCAGUAGUCGUGACCCCGCGAUGGUUGGAAGUGAAGCUGAUCCCUCCCAUGUCCGUUCGACAGAUGUGAGCCCAGGACCUGUACGGAAAAUUUCUAGCGCAGCCCAAAGUUCCUCAGUUUUAUCAACAGCAGAUCAGAAACGCACUUCUUCUAGUAGAAACACCAGUAAUGUAAAGAACUUUGAAUCUACACUCAAGGGUAUUGAAGGCCUGCAUUUUAAUAGUUGACACAGAGAGGCUCUUGCAUUAUUAGCGGUGCUACGGGGUUCACAACACCCUCUCUCCCACUGUAAAUCUUAAAACGGUGUUACUUCAUCAUGCACUUGGGAGUGCAAUUCUGUUUGUGUAUUGUUUUUGAGGAAAGCUGCUAAGCUGAAAUUUGAAGGUAGUUCAAGUUGGGGAGCGUCACCCGCACAAAUAAAAAUAGAUCGUUAAGAGUAGCGGGGGGGGCCCAACUGAAACCCACUCAGGAUAGGCUGUCUUUGUCAAUACAUUAUUGAGAAAUUUUCUCUUUUUUUUUCAAUUUUUUGUUUUUUUGUUGUUGUUGUGUUGGUAACGGAUCCGGUGCUCCUCGGCCGUCUGUUUUUAUCUUUCUUUUAUUUUUAUGUUGUUUUCAAUGCUCAUGGUUCUAUCAACAAUCGUAAGCUAUGUUGUAUUGGGUUAUAGACACUACUAAACUGUAAUUAGACCAUUGUGUGGAGUUUUCUGGCUCAUUUUGAUUGCCAAAAGGCUUGGAAAUUAAUAUUACCAAGCUGAAGAUAAAUUGUCUUG